AUGAAGUUUCAAUUCCUAUCCAUCAUCGCUUUGUUUGCCUGUUUAUUCACUACAACCAUCUUUGGCAAAGAGGAGACCUCAGACGACCCCGAGAUCACACACAAGGUGUAUUUUGAUAUCAAUCACGGCGAUGAAAAGAUCGGCCGCAUUGUCAUGGGACUGUAUGGUCUCACCACACCCCAAACUGUUGAGAACUUUUACCAACUGACCAUUUCCAGUGAUCCUAAGAUGGGUUACUUGAACUCUAUUUUCCACCGUGUUAUUCCUGAUUUCAUGAUUCAAGGCGGUGAUUUCACCCACAGAUCUGGUAUUGGGGGCAAGUCCAUUUUUGGGAACACUUUCAAAGACGAGAAUUUUGAUGUUAAGCACAAUAAGCCGGGCAGAUUGUCCAUGGCCAACCGUGGUAAGAACACCAAUGGAUCGCAAUUUUUCAUCACCACUGUGCCAUGCCCAUGGCUCGACGGUAAGCACGUUGUCUUUGGCGAAGUCUUGGAAGGUAUGGACGUAGUUCACUACAUUGAAAACGUCAAGACCGACAGCAGAAACAUGCCCGUGAAAGAGGUUAUCGUUGAGCAAUGCGGUGAAUUGGAAACUGUUCCGUUAAGCCACCAAGACGCCGCUAAAUUACAGGAUGAGAUCAAAGUGGAGGCCAGCGAAACAGCUCACGAUGAGCUAUAA